AUGGAGCUGGCCCAUGUCUCCACCAGGCCUAGGCUUAUUCUUAUUUCUCUCUUCAAACCCAGCCCAAAUUCACAAACUUUAACUUCAAGUCAGACGCUCUGCAAAACUAAAAGCACCAUUGGAAACUUCUUGUGCUCGUUUAUAGAAUCAUCGUCCUCUGAGAUGUCUCUUUCUUACCGGGACUACCUAACCCUUCUCCUUCUGCGUCCUCUCUUCGCAAUCGCAGUCGUUUUCUCGUUCAUCUCCGUUGGUUGGUGGUUGGCCUGGAAGCUGGCUUUGGUUCACGUUCCUUUGGUGCAAGAGAUUUUCGGGCUGCGGAAGAAGACCGUGAAGCCCAAACCCCAAACUGGUCGCUUUUCUAAAUUUUACAGCACCAUUGAAGCCCGCAAUUCAGCUUCUAAAUGGUAA